CUAUUGCCUCUGGCUAUGUGCCACACCAGUUAGAAGAAGAAGAAGCAGAAGAAGGAACCACGUCCGAUAUUUUGCAAAGAUGGCCGAACCGAGUGAAGGGCCCGAACCCAAACGGAAGCGGCGCUUCCUGUUGCUCUGCCUUUUCCUGGCGCUCGUGUUCAUACUUUUAGCUGCCGUGGCUGCGGUUCACUUCCGAAGGUCCAGCGCUCCACAUGUUCCUCAACGCAGCGCAAUAGAAGAAGGCAGCGGUGAUGGUGAGACGGUAUUAACGUCUGCCAAGCGCGAGAGAAGACGUCCCUUGGCUCAUACAUCUUUGCUACUUCGUGAAGACUCACUGGGGCUUCUGUCUCGACGAACAUCUACUCAAAGUGGCCACUACGCUCAGAGGUUACCGAGGAACAUUUUACCCGAACAUUAUGACCUCGAAAUAAUACCAUUUUUCGCUGAAGAUCGUCAAGAGACAAACCGCGACGAUUUAUUCAGAGGACGCGUUUCAAUCUUUGUCGACUGUGUCCUGGAUACCAAUACUAUAGUCCUCCACGCAUCUCACCUGAGCAUUAUCACGGGUGAAGAGCCAGGGAUUACAGUCAUUAACCAUCACGAGUCUCAGACUGUCGGUUAUGCCCCUGAAAGACCACUAGGCAGAAACAAUGUGCCUGAAGUGGUCCCAGUAACCGAAUAUCACAUUGAGCCCAACUCUGACCUAUUAUACAUCAGAUUAGCGGAGGUACUGAGAAGGGGAUACAGGUAUGCUCUCAAAAUUAACUUUCAAGGAAGCCUGGGUGAUACGAGAGGGUUCUACAAAUAUCAUUAUGAUCUUCACGGAAAGCCUCAACAUCUCGUAGUGACCUUCUUCGAGCCAACUUUCGCGCGGGAGGCAUUUCCGUGCUUUGAUGAGCCUGACCUGAAGUCCACUUUCACUGUGACGCUUCUUCGACCUGUGGGAUACCGGGCCAUAUCUACAAUGCCUGUAGUACGCAGCGAAGUAAGACCAGACACGGGACUCGUGGCUGACCAUUUCAUGACAACCCCCAGGAUGUCGACAUACACCCUUGCUUUUGUGAUCACCAACUACACUGCUACUACCGACCGCAAAGUAUCAAUCUGGACACAUCCUGACGAUGCUGCUUACUCUGCGUAUGCGCUGCACAUUACACCCAAGAUACUCCACUACUUUGAGAGUAUUUUCGAUUGUCCUUACGCAUUGCCAAAGCUAGACUUGGUGGCUCUUCCAUCUUUUCUGGUGGAUGCUAUGGAGAACUGGGGUCUGCUUACAUUCCACAAGCAGAGCUUGCUGAUUGCACCGUCUCGAUCUCUACCCAUUAACCUACUAACUACUGCAUCGGUUGUUUCGCACGAACUCGCUCACCAGUGGUUCGGGAAUCUUGUCACGAUGCGUUGGUGGAAUGACAUCUGGCUGAACGAAGGUUUUGCUGCUUACAUGCAGUACUUGGGCGUGGACUCUGUGCACCCUGAAUGGAACAUCAUGCAGCAGUUCACCGUAACGGACAUGUAUCCCAUCAUGAAAGUGGAGUACAAUAGCAACGGACAUCCGUUGUCCAUCACCGGGAAUAUCUCUACUGAGCUGGACGCGCUGUUUGAUAGGAUUGUGUACAACAAGGGUCCCUCUUUAGUAAGAAUGAUGUCCUACUUUCUCACCCCGAAGGUGUUUCUGCAGGGAAUCCAGUCUUACCUGAACAAAUACCGCAUGGGCAAUGCUCAGCAAGACGACCUUUUUCAACAGCUCACGGAGGCGAGCGUUGCUGCUGGUAUGGGAGUAGAUGUGAAGGCAGUUAUGGACACAUGGACGAAACAAGCUGGUUAUCCCGUCGUCCAAGUUGAACGCAACUAUAGGAACGGAACGGCUAUGUUGACGCAGAUGCACCACUCACAUUACCCCGUCCAGGACCGACUGUGGCACAUUCCUAUAACGUACACCGAUUCCCAGAGACUAAGCUUCGACAACACUCGCCCGCAGAUAUGGAUGGCACACCAAAGAGAAGUUCACCUGAAUGGACUUCCGAUUGGGGAAGAGGACUGGGUCAUACUCAACCUCCAAUCAGCUGGAUACUACAAGAUUAACUACGACGUUCUCAACUGGGAGCUGCUAAGGCGACAGCUACACAAUAAGCCUGAAGUGAUUCCUGUUCUGAAUCGCGCUCAGCUCCUUCAGGACGUGUCGGACCUUGCUCAGACUGGCAGUUUAGGAUAUGAUGUCGCCUUGGGUAUUCUAGAUUAUGUUCAUCAGGAACAAAGCUAUGCCCCUCUGAAGACAGUACUGAACAGCGUGGAGGAAAUCGACGGCAAGAUGCGUGCCACUCAGUUCUACAGAAAGUGGCAGCUGUACAUGGCGAACCAGCUGAAAGGACAUUAUGACAAACUUUCACGACUUACAACAGAAAUCCGACAGCCACCAUCAAACGACCUCCUGAGAAAGGACGUGAUGUUUUGGUCGUGCCAGUUCGGAUACCGUCCCUGUGUGCAACACUGCGUUCGCAGCUUUCGCGCCUUCAUGAACAACUCUCUCAGUCUCAAAUCGGCUCUAGAACAGGACUUGGGAGACAGCCUCGUGGUGCUGUGUCACGCCAUCAGAAUGGGUGAUGCUACAGAUUGGCGAUUCUUGCUGGACCACAUGAGGGAUGCUGAGACACCGGAUGAAGCACACGUCAUAUUGAGCGCUCUUGGCUGCUCCAAAGAUGCGACCAACUUAGGCAGGCUACUAACAUCAGCGUUGUUCAACACAUCAUCGCCGAAUCUGAAGACAGCUGGCUCAGAAUCCGUAGGACUCAUUUUCGAAAGCGUCACCUUCAGUGAAAAAGGCAGUCAAUUGGCGCUGCAGUUCCUUGUGCAGAAUUGGAACCCUUUGCUCCAAAAAUUUGGCCACACAGCUCAGCUGCGGGACACCAUUUGGUUUGCCUUGCAGUCCAUCCGGAAGAGUGAAGAUCUUGAAAAAAUGACGGCAUUCUACUCGAAGAAUGUACAAUUGAAGAAGAAUACUAAGAGACUGGCGCACACGUUCGAAAGUGCCUUAGAAACCGCGCGAAGCAACAUCCGCUGGGCGACAACAUACGGUAGGACAAUAGAAAAAUGGCUGGACAGGAAGAUCACUGAGAGAAAGUUGACGGCGCCUAUCUUGGCUGCGCAAAUCGUGCCAUAUGAUUCCUUAUGGUAGGGGCGCAUAAUAAACUGUUGCCACGAAACUUUCGCACAAAAGGUGGUAAGCGAGUCAUGUUCCGCAGUUCAU